AUGAUCCGGGCACUCCUCCAAGACUACCACCUUCGGCUGCGUAAAUACAACGGGGUUUUACGCCAAGAGGUCACAAAGUGCACUGACGUCAUCGGCGAAGACGGCGUCACGCUACUUCAGCAGGAGAUCGAUAGACGGGCCAGAGAACUACGGGCAAAAAGAGAUGUUGAGCUGGCUGCUAAGGUUCGAAGUAUAAGCCACUCAUCUCCGGAAGAAAACGAAAUCCUUGUUCACAAUAUGUCCUCCAAACAGCUGACUCCUGCACAGCUGAAAGUGCUGAGUCAUGAAGCUUGCUUCAACACCACAGACGCUGAUCCGGUCAAUCUCAUUGCCACGGUCGAAUCGAUCCUCAAACAAACCGGAGAAUCGGACGAGACUGCGCAUCUCAUUCGGCAACAGGUCACCUCCUUGGUGAUGGCGCACAAACCGCGAGCGAUCAUCACCAGAGCGGAGCAGAGCGCUCUCAGGGCACUCAGGAAUGACACUAGCAUUGUAAUACUACCGGCAGACAAAGGACGUUCGACAGCUGGAUAA